AUGCUCCAAGAUGCCACCCUGUCCUCCAAUCAAACCAGCUCUUACCCAACGUCGUUCAUUCUGGUCGGCAUCCCGGGCAUGGAGGAGUACCACACCUGGAUAGCCGUCCCCUUCUUCCUGAUGUACCUGGUGGCCCUCUUGGGCAACCUCUCCCUGCUGCUCACCAUUGCAAGGGAACGCAGCCUCCACCAGCCCAUGUAUCUCUUCCUGGCCAUGCUGGCGGUGGCAGACCUGAUCUUAUCCUCCUCCACGGUGCCCAAGACUCUCGGCGUCCUCUCGUCCCUUUCUAAGGAGAUCUCCUUUGAUGCCUGCCUUGUCCAGAUGUUUUUCACUCACACCAGCUUCCUGGCAGAAUCGGCCAUCUUACUGGCCAUGGCAUUCGAUCGGUACAUGGCCAUCUGCCACCCUCUGCGGUAUACAGUGACCCUGACGCCCUCAGCCAUUGCCAAGGUGGGAGCGGCAGCCCUCGUCCGGAGCUUCUGUGUGAUGUUUCCAACCAUCUUCCUUCUCAGGAGGCUGCCGUACUGUGGGCAAAGGCAGAUGCCACACUCCUACUGUGAGCACAUGGGCAUUGCCCGCAUGGCCUGUGCCGACAUUGCGGUCAACAUCUGGUAUGGCUUCACCACCACCCUGCUGUCUCCUGGCUUGGACAUUGUGCUCAUCUCUGUCUCCUACCUCCUGAUCCUCAGGACAGUCUUCAGGCUACCGUCCAAGGAUGCGCGUCUCAAGGCGCUUGGGACCUGCGGCUCUCACCUCUGUGUCAUCCUCAUGUUUUACACCCCAGCGUUUUUUUCAUUCUUUGCUCAUCGGUUUGGCCGCGGCAGCAUCCCCCAGAACAUCCUGGUCCUCCUGGCCAACGUCUACCAGCUCCUGCCACCUAUGCUGAACCCCAUUGUCUACGCCGUGAGAACCAAACUGCUCCGGCAGAGGCUGGCUCAGGGAUUUGUGCACACUGGGAAGUGGUGCUGA